AUGAUUAAAGAAACAAACCAUUAUCAAUCGAUCACUCUCUUCUUUACUUAUAAUGAGGAAAAGGUUUCCUUUAUUUUUCCAGAAAAUAAGAACAUUCAGAAAACAAGUGAAACAAACGGGUUUAUCUUCUUUCGUAUUCAUUUACAAAAAUUCCUUCAAGGCCUAUCUGACAAAAAACUGGUGCCACGGCCGGUUAAUCCAAAAGUUUCAUCUUUGGCCGGAGAACUUUGGAGGAACAACAAAGAUAGCCUGGAAAAAAUCAUCAGUAAUCUUUACCCUACUGAAUCAAGUACUAAUAACUUGGAGCAAAAAUGGUUGUCUAUGCCUAGGUAUCAUGAAUUUGAUGGACAAACGCUAAGCGCACCUCAACACGAGUACGAUCUGCCGUUAAAUUACCCGACUCUUGGUGAUCAAUUUUUGCCACCAGGCUAUCUGCCCAAUGCGCAACCCCCAUGUAUUCCUGAAUGUACUCCACAUCCAGGCAUUGACACCCUACGUAUUCCUGAGGAACCCAUGGAAUAUACUCCACAUCCAGACAUUGGCUUCUCGCAUCCCCCAUUCAUGCCUCAUGAAAAUACCAUUUCACCGUCAGAAUUCAUCUCACUACCUACAACUGAUAACUACAAUCAAUAUUUGCCCGAGAUUCCACUACCAGACGUCAAUACCUGGAAUUUAUUUCCUGAUCUGUCCGAAGAACAAGUACUUCUAAACGAAGGACAUAUUCUACCGUCGGAUGUCGACUAUUACCCUAACAGUGAGAUUCUCUCUGAACACAAUUACGAGGGUUUUUUUCCAUUAGAGGUUGAUGGAUAUACUUAUGAGAACGACUUUUACCAUUUACUCUGA